AUCCUCCUCAAUGGCAACCCUUGUCUGGUGCUGAAAUGGAACAAAUAUGUUUAAUCAUUUUGCUUAUAAGUAAGGUACUGUCAGUAGGAUCACAAUUCAAUGGAUACAACUGUGACCCAAACUUCCACAGUCGCUUCCCUGCGGAAAGGGACAUUAGUGUGUACUGUGGAGUACAGACGAUCACCCUCAAGAUCAACUUUUGCCCCGUUCUCUUCUCUGGCUACAUUGACACUGAUUUGGCCCUCAACGGUCGCCAUGGAGAUGCCCACUGCCGUGGUUUUAUCAACAACAAUACCUUCCCCACUGUGGUCCUUUUCAGCAUCAGCUUAGCCACGUUGGAGACCUGUGGGAAUGCCCUUGUGGUUUCCACGGCUCAGGGACCUAAUGCUUAUGGGAACCUGUCACUGGUCCAGAUUGGCAAUAUAUCAGGGUACAUCGAUACGCCAGAUCCUCCGACCAUCAUUAGCUACCUGCCAGGACUGCUAUACAAGUUCAGUUGCAGCUACCCUCUGGAGUACCUGGUCAACAACACUCAGCUGGCUUCGUCAGCAGCUGCAAUCUCAGUGAAAGACAGCAAUGGUACAUUUGUCAGCACACUGAGCCUACUGCUGUACAAUGACUCAACGUACAUUCAACAGCUGUCCAUCCCCAUGGCAGGACUGACACUGAAGACACGUGUAUUUGCAGCUGUGAAAGCCACCAACCUGGACAGGAGAUGGAAUGUUCUUAUGGACUACUGUUACACCACUCCUUCUGGAAAUCCAAAUGAUGACCUUCGCUAUGACCUUUUCUUUAGUUGUGAAAAAGACCCCCAGACCACUGUUUUUGAGAACGGAAAGAGUCAAAUGGGCAGGUUCGCCUUUGAAGUAUUCCGCUUCGUCAAGCACAAGAACCAGAAAAUGUCCACUGUCUUCUUGCACUGUGUCACAAAGCUGUGUCGAGCUGACGACUGCCCUAUGCUCAUGCCGAUCUGUGGAAGCAGAAAGAAGAGAGAUGUCUCUGAGAUCACCGAAUCAACCUCUGCUUCUGGAAACGCUGUCAUUACUGCUGGACCUAUCAUCACCCGGAGUGAUGAAACUCCAACCAACAAUUCACAACUUGCCAAGCUAAACAGCCCGGUCUUUCGGAUGAACACAGUGACCAGCGCACUCAUUUCAGGCAUCAUCAUCCUAGGAGUAAUGAGCCUCUGCUUCUUCAUCUUCUCCCUCACCCUCCUCAAAGGCAAGAGAGCCCCGUCCACCGUCAUGUCUGGUGUCCGAAACCCUGCCUUCAACUGACAACCUGAUCUAUGCUGCCUAGCAAAAACUCCAAAUUCAUGAGUUUAUGAGUGAAAGUGCCUGUAUUGUAGUUUACUCUGUUACUACACUUAACAACACUAUCAUUAGUGUAAGCAUAAUUGUAAGAGGGUGAAUAUUUCAGGAUGUCCUUUGUUUUUAUUGUGAUUUUGUUUCAACCUCAUUACAGACAGAUUAUUUGUUUUAGCUGGUGUUAAGUUAUAAUGAGGAUUUGGCCCACACACAGUCCUGUAGCUGGGUCAGAUGCAACUUUAAUUCAAUACCUCAGCUACUUUUUUCUGUUGCAAAAUGCAGGAUUAAUUACAAGAAAUACAUGUAGUGUAUACUGUCUUACUCCCAUUUCUUAUUGAAUGGAUGAAAUAUAAGUGGUGUCCCUCCCAAAGAAACAUGACAAAAGAGCUCUUGAAAUUGAUGGACCUUCAUACAAUGUUCAAUACUAUAAUUGGCUUAGAUAAAGCAACCCAUAAAAGACUGGGGUUAUAUUUCAUCAAUUUCGGAAUAGUUAGAGACCAGUUAACAUAUGGGUUGUAUUAGAAUAAAAGCUAACUUAAAACAUGAUAGUUUGAUUCUAGUUUAAAUUAAAUUAAAUUAAUAAUUUAUGAAUGUUUACUAGGCAUAGUAUGGUGUUUAAUAAAUUCAUAGAUAAUUUAAUAUGCUUCCUAAAAACUCUAAUCUAACAAAAUAGUAGUAAUGUAUGCACUGUGGGAUUGUUAAUCAAAUUGUAUAUUUACCCCACCAUGGUAUCAUUCUGUCUAUGUACACCAUAUACAAUGUCAGAAUAAUAUGUUCUGCCUCCACCUCAUGUAAUAAUGUGUCAUUUAAGGGUAAAAUGUUUUUAUGUACUAUUCUUCCAUUCCAUGUGUGCAGUGUGCAUUUAGCAAAUA